UUUUCGAGCACAAAAAGAAACAAAAGAUUCAACUCUUCAACUUCUUAUAUCCCCUCUUCUUGUUUGCCGAUUCAAAGAAAGAAACCAACCGCACUUUAUGGUCAAGGCUAUAUUAUACUUGAGCAAGAUGAGCCACGGGUGAUCCGUUAAUACCAAAAUCAAAACUUGGAUUUUUUCUACUCAAAGCAAAUUAUCCAUCUGGGUUUGCUAAACAGAAGCUUUUUCCUUUACCUGAUGUGUUGAUAACUGUGAGUUAAGUUCAGGUUUUAUUUUGUUCCUCUGCAAUGGCUAAUUCAGUCCACAGUCACGAGGUUGUGUCAGACAACUUGAGGAAACAGCUUGCAGUUGCUGUGAGGAGUAUUCAAUGGAGUUAUGCAAUUUUCUGGUCACUGUCAACUAGUCAACAAGGGUAUAUGGUUCUGGAGUGGGUUGAUGGGUACUACAAUGGAGACAUCAAGACUAGGAAGACUGUUCAAGCUAUGGAACUUAAAUAUGACAAGAUAGGCUUACAGAGAAGUGAACAAUUGAGAGAACUUUACAAGUCUCUUCUUGAAGGUGAAGUAGACCACCACGCUAAGAGGCCUUCCGCUGCCCUGUCUCCAGAGGAUCUCUCUGAUGCUGAGUGGUAUUAUUUGGUUUGCAUGUCCUUUGUAUUCACUCCUGGUCAAAGUUUGCCAGGAAGGGCGUUUGCAAAUGGAGAAACCAUCUGGUUAUGCAAUGCUCAAUAUGCAGAUGCUAAAGUAUUUUCCCGCUCUUUGCUUGCAAAGAGUGCUUCUAUUCAGACUGUGGUAUGUUUUCCCCACCUUGACGGAGUAAUCGAGCUGGGUAUAACUGAACUGGUUGCGGAGGACCCUAAUCUUAUUCAACACAUUAAGGCUUCCUUAUUGGACUUUUCAAAGCCAGUUUGCUGUGAGAAAACCAUCUCUGCGCCUCAUAGUGCAGAUGAUGAUAAAGACCCUGUAGGUGCUCAAGUUGACCAUAAGACAGUUCACACUUCGGAAACUUUGGAGAACCUGUACACCCCUGUAAAAGCUAUCAUAUUUGACCAAGAGACAAUUGAGGAGUUGCAAGAAAAUGUCCUUGAGGAAGUGAACACUGACUCUCCUGAUGAUUGUUCAAAUGGCUGUGAGCACAAUCACCAGACUGAGGAUUCUAUGCUUGGAGGUCUAUAUGGUCGGACCUCUCAUAUUCAGAGCUCACAUUCUAUGGAUGAUGAAAUUAGCAAAGAUAUUCAAGAUUCUAUGAAUUCUAGUGAUUGCAUAUCAGAGGCUGUCAUGAAUGAAGAUAAAACUCUUUCUUCUAACUACAAAAAUGUAAGCCAUCUUCAAUUGAAAGGACUUCAAGAAGGCAACCGCACCAAAUUGAGCUCCCUGGGUCAGGGAGCCAAGGAUGACUUGCACUAUAAAAGAACUCUAUCUACAGUUCUGCAAAGUUCAACCCAAUUGAUUGGAAAUUCUUGUUUCCAAAGUGGUAUCUACAAAUCCAGUUUUGUCACUUGGAAGAAAGGAGCAUUUAGCAGUCAGAAGCCACAGGUACAGCAAAAUAUGUUGAAGAAAAUCCUAUCUUCAAUCCCUUUAAUGCAUGGUGCUCACCCUCUUAGUUUGCACAAAGAAAAUGCAAGAAAAGAUUGCCAUAGGAAGCUGAAUUGCGAUAUAACAUGUGAGGGUUUAUCUGAUAAACAAAGAGAGCAUGAGAGAUUUCUUGCACUCAAGUCAAUGAUUCCUACUGUCACUGAGAUUGACAAGGCAGCAAUCCUUGAUGACAUGAUUAGAUAUUUGAAAGAGCUUGAGGCCAGAGUAGAAGAUUUAGAAUCUUGUGUGGAAUCGGUAGAUUAUAUUGCAAGACCAAAAAGAAAUUACAUGGACAUGGCAGAGCAGACAUCUGAUAACUAUGACAAGAUUGGCAAGGAUAACAAGCAUUGGAUGAACAAGAUGAAGGUCUCUGACAUCUAUUACACUGACCUAGAGUUUUGUGAGGUAUCUGAAGAUGGCCUGCCCUCAGAUGUGAAAGUCAGCAUGAGGGAGAAAGAGGUCGUAAUUGAGAUGAAAUGUGCUUAUAGGGAAUACAUAUUGCUUGACAUCAUGGAUGAAAUCAGCAAUCUUCACUUAGAUGUGCACUCAGUUCAAUCAUCUACUACUGACGGCAUUCUCACAUUGACCUUAAAAUCUAAGUUUCGAGGGGCAGCAGUUGCAUCAGCAGGGAUGAUCAAGCAAGCACUUCGGAAGAUUGGCAAGCAAGAGUGGAAGGAUGUUGUAUUUUAACUAAUCAUCAAGGGAGUGAAAUUAGGGUCUGCCGAGUCAGUAGAAUUGGCUUCUAAAUCAUGUGAUUUGUUGCUGUAACUGCUUUCUUUAACUGUUCAACCUCAAUGCUAGCCAGUUAGAUGUUCUCCGUUUCCUAUCAAUAAACUAUGUUUGAGAAUA